AUGGCAGAGAGCACUUCUAUCUUCUAUGUCAAGCAAUUUGCAAUAACUAUGGUAGAAGUGUUCGGUCCACAGUACUUGAGAGCACCCAAUGCUCAGGACACUCAGAGGCUUUUGGAGAUGAACAAAGCUCGAGGGUUCCAGAACUGUCCAAAAGCAUGGCAUGGACAAUUCAAGGGUCGUGGGAAGGAUGCCACUAUCAUUCUUGAGGCAGUUGCUGAUCAUGAAACAUGGAUUUGGCAUGCAUAUUUUGGUAUGCCCGGUUCUUGCAACGACAUCAACGUGCUCGACCGGUCACCUCUCUUUGCCAACUUAGCAAAUGGAGAGGCACCACCGGUGACCUUCAAAGCAAAUGGCCGCACCUACAACUAUGGGUACUAUCUUGCAGAUGGGAUCUACCCGAGGUGGAGUACAUUCUUCAAGCCGGUUGCAAAACCUGAAGGUAAGAAAGAACUUGUCUUUCAUAAUGCACAAGCGGCGGCUAGAAAAGAUGUUGAGAGGGCAUUUGGGAUUUUGCAAUCCCAAUUUGCUAUUGUGCGAGGACCAUCUAGAUUUUGGGAUAAAAAGAUCCUUUGGUACAUCAUGACCGCUUGCGUGAUCAUGCAUAACAUGAUCAUUGAGAACGAGCGUGGAAAAAAAUUAGAUUACAACUUCUAUCAGUUGAUGGGCAUUCGUGUUAACCCCAUGCGCAAAGGGAGAGCAUCAGACGUUUCAUGA